GGCCGGGCUCAGGCGAGCGGGAAGUUCGGGACGUCCCAGCCCGAGACGCGGCUCCCCGCUGCCGGCCAGGAGCCGCCCCCUCGGCCGCUGCCCCCGCCGGCGCGCCGCCCCGUCCAGCCGGGGAGGUCGCGGCCGCGCAGCCAUGUCCCGCCGCCGGGCCGGACGCCCCGGGCCGCCCGCGCCGCUCCUGCCGCCGCUCCUGCUGCUUCUGGCCGCCGCCGCGCCGCCGAGCCGCGCAGAAAUGUAUUAUGCAACUGCAUACUGGAUGCCUGCUGAAAAGGCAGUACAAGUCAAAAACGUCCUGGACAGAAGUGGGGAUGCCUAUGGCUUUUAUAAUGACUCUGUGAAAACCACAGGCUGGGGCAUCCUGGAGAUCAGGGCGGGGUACGGGUCUCAGGAGCUGAGCAAUGACAUCAUCAUGUUUGUGGCCGGCUUUUUGGAGGGUUACCUCACUGCCCCACACAUGAAUGACCACUUCGUUAACCUCUACCCACAGCUGAUUACGAAAUCAUCCAUCAUGGAUAAAGUGCAGAAGUUUAUGGAGAAGCAAGACCAGUGGACCCGGAGUAACGUCAAAUACCACAAGGAUGACCCAUUUUGGAGACAUACAGGCUAUGUUAUGGCACAAAUGGAUGGGCUGUAUGUAGGAGCAAUGAAAAGGGCUACAGUAGAAAAGACAAAGCCCAUGACCCUGUUCCAGAUUCAGUUCCUGAAUGCCGUGGGAGAUCUGUUGGAUCUGAUUCCCUCACUUUCUCCUGCAAAAAACACCAGCCUGAAGUUUUUGAAGAAAUGGGAUAUGGGACAUUGCUCUGCUCUUAUCAAGGUUCUUCCUGGAUUUGAGAACAUCUUAUUUGCUCACUCAAGCUGGUACACAUACGCAGCCAUGCUCAGGAUUUAUAAACACUGGGACUUCAAUAUCAUUGAUAAAGACACCAGCAGUCAUCGCCUCUCUUUCAGCAGUUACCCAGGGUUUUUGGAGUCUCUGGAUGACUUUUACAUUCUUAGCAGCGGUUUGGUAUUGCUGCAGACCACAAACAGCGUGUAUAAUAAGACCCUCCUAGAGCUUGUGGUGCCCCAGUCUCUCUUGGCCUGGCAAAGAGUCCGUGUGGCCAGUAUGAUGGCAGAUAAUGGCAGGCAGUGGGCAGAGAUCUUCUCAAAAUACAACUCUGGCACCUAUAACAAUCAGUACAUGAUCCUGGACCUGAAGAGGGUGAAGCUGAACCAGAGCCUUGAAAAUGGCACUCUGUACGUUGUGGAGCAGAUUCCUACAUUUGUAGAAUAUUCUGAGCAAACUCACGUUCUGCGGAGAGGAUAUUGGCCCUCCUACAACAUUCCUUUCCAUGAAAAAAUCUACAACUGGAGUGGCUAUCCAAUGUUAGUUCAGAAGCUGGGUAUGGAAUACUCUUAUGAUCUGGCUUCCCGAGCCAAAAUCUUCCGGCGUGACCACGGGCAGGUGACUGAUAUGGCCUCCAUGAAAUACAUCAUGCGAUACAACAAUUACAAGAAGGACCCUUAUAGUAAGGGUGAUCCCUGCAAUACCAUCUGCUGUCGUGAGGACCUGAACCCACUCAGCCCAAGUCCUGGAGGUUGCUACGACACAAAGGUGGCAGAUAUAUUCCUAGCAUCCGAGCACACAGCCCAUGCCAUUAGUGGUCCCACAGUGCAAGGUGGCCUGCCUGUUUUUCACUGGAAACGUUUCAACAAAACUCUCCAUGAGGGAAUGCCAGAAGCCUACAACUUUGAUUUUAUUACUAUGAAACCAACUUUGAAACCCGACAUAAAAUGAAGAAAGGAAAUGAGGCAAUAAAAGGCUAAAAAUAUACCAAAGGCACUGUUUUAGCUGUUUUUCCAUUCAGAAUUAGUCUUAAUAAAAUAUAUUAAAUUUGUUA